AUGCCCCGCUCAUCAGUAGUACCACCGUUAUCGCAUAUGCUGGGAUGUGUCGCGGCUCUGAAAACUGCCGUAACAGGAAUCACACUGGUGGCUAUUGGAACCUCACUACCUGAUGCAUUCGCGAGUAGAACAGCAGCACGCCUGGAUGAUUCUGCAGAUAACAGUAUAGGAAACAUUACGGGAAUCACACUGGUGGCUAUUGGAACCUCACUACCUGAUGCAUUCGCGAGUAGAACAGCAGCACGCCUGGAUGAUUCUGCAGAUAACAGUAUAGGAAACAUUACGGGAUCAAACAGUGUAAAUGUAUUCCUCGGGCUGGGCGUACCUUGGGUGAUCAGUGCGAUUGAUGCAACACUAAGAGGAAAGCAAUUCUGUGUUUCGACCUCAGGAGUAUGUGAAGCAUCUAUGCUGUUUCUGGGUAUGGCUUUAUUAUGCCUUGGAAAUCUUAUUUGCCGACGAAAGGUGCGUGUUCUGUCAUUCUGCCCACAACCACUACUUUUUUUCCAGGUUUUUGCUGGUGAACUUGGUGGUCCAGUAUGCAGCAAAUGGAUUUCCGGGCUUGGAUGCAUAACCUUAUGGAUUAUCUACGUUCUAGUCCUCAGCCUCCGAGCAUAUGAUAUCAUUGGGUGGAAUAUAAUUGUGCCACAGUCUUCUUGUGGAACAACAGGAAAAUAG